AUGGAAGGCGGAAAGACGACGACAAUCAUCAUGCGGCCGCGAUUCGAGCUCAUCCUGCCGGUUUUGAGCCGAAGCCUGAGCGAAGACGUCGCUGACGUCGACGACUUCUUGCUCUGCAGCGCCGAUGAGGACAAGUUUGAGGUUCGGAUUUCUGGAAUUUAUCCAUUAUUUUCUUCAAAUUUCAAAACUCCUCAAAAUUCGCCAGUUUUACCUUCCUCCUAGUGCUCCCAGAUACAGUACUCCCUGAGCCAUCUCCUGAACAAGAGAUAGGAGAACGGGAAUCUACUUUUCGCAGUAACAGCGUCAAUAAAAAACGAGUGUAAAACGUUGCAAAGUGUUUGCCUUCUCGGAUAGAGUGUCGUUCAUUUUUUCCCCUCCAUUUUUUAGAUGCAGUCGUGCUCCGAGCCAUGCUCACCGGAUUCUGGAUUCUCCUCAGAUGACGGAAGUCUGGAGCCUUUGAAGACCCGCUGUCGAAUGUGGGUUUUAACUUUUCUUCUUGAAAACUUACCUAGGAAAUAGUUACCUUGUUUUCUUCUCUCUUUAUGGCCUGAGGAUGGCCGACGAUAUCAAUCUUAAAAUCCAAAACUUUUCAAAGCCUUGGUAGUUUUUUUUCUAUCCAGUAACUGACAACAUUGCCACCUACAUUUGUUUAUUAUUUUAUUGCCUCACCUUUAAUUCCUUCACACUUUCUCCCCUGAUCGACAUGUCAUCACCCUGACGUUUCUUCAUCAAAAAUCUUACGGUAGGAGGUGCUAUCUUCUCAGCGAGACCCAGAGAAGCCGCCGAAAGUUUGGUGCAAAAGGUGGCGUGGAAAACAGGCGGUUCACGUGUGUUUCAUACGGAAAUCUGGGAGAUUUUGUCAUUUUUCUUCGUCGAAAACAGUCAUUGAGCAAAUGGCAGGGCUCUUCAGUGGCGUGGUUGCAACUUGAAAAAUGCUCCUUUUUGCUGGUUUUUCGAGAAGUUUUGGAAAAAGUUGGGAGACUGAGAUUUUAGGGGAUGCUGAGUAUUCAACAGAAAAAUUGAGAAAAAUUAGUUCCAUUCAGAAAAACAUGUCCUAUGAUUGUAGAUGUAGAAGAUUAGUGGGAAGAUUUUUCUAGCCCUAGUCUUUGAGACUUUUUUUGAGAAGUACUGAACUCUUUUGACCAAACUAGAGUUUGAAGCUUUAUUUUCCAGUUGAUCGCAUCAUUACUUUUUUCUUGAAAUGUGAAAGGCUUUAAUGGAAAGUUUUUGUGCGCUCUAUUGAUAACUAAGCUUUUCCAAAAGCUGUUCGAAAAAUUUACCUAUAAAAUAGGCUUUAAAACUUGUAAAUGGACAUUCCUGGGUAAUUCUCAUGCUUCAAAAUUACAUUUCUUUGAUUUCAACUCCUCCAUUCACAUGAAACCCUGCUGAGUGGUGAAAUCAGAACCAUUAUUUGCCAGAAAAUGGCUUCCCUUUCACAAUUUGCACUCAACUGAGAUUUGCAAGCGUUGCACCUCUUUUUUGAAAGUCAUACGAUUUUCACCGUUUCACCGCUGUUGGGUACACGGGAAACUGGCAAAGAUCAACAGAACAAGAACACCCCAGCGACCGACGAUCCCUGAAAGAGAUGGCCUGAGACGCAGAUGAUAAGACAGUUGAUCAGAUAGUGCUGCCGGCUGCGGAGACGACGGCUGAUUUCUGGUGCGUUGGGGCGCAAAAGGUGCGUUGUUUUGCACGGGGACGGCGGUGGAUGGCGCCUACAUUUUGAUAGAUAACGCCAUGGUUUCGAACUCGACAUAUGCUAAUGGGAUUUGAGGGAUUAGCCGGAUUUUGCCUUUUUGUGAGGCUUCUUUGUAUGUUUUUAAGCUUUGAAGUGCUCGUUUUUUGAGUUUUGAGGUCGAGAACGACUAAAAUAAUAAUAAUUGUAAGAGGAAAAACAGAGAAACCUAGACUUUUCAACUUCCAAUCCAAAAGUUUUGCCUUUUUAGAUUUCAAUCAAAAUAAUUACUAAUUUAGUUAAGCUUCACAAAAAGUACCAACCUUUUUUUCUGUUACCUAAUUGAAUAUUUCAAACUAUCCACGUUUUUUUUUGAGAUUCCGGAGAAAAACAAUAUUAAAAAAAAACUCUUUUUAUAGUUUUUCUCCUAGUUCUUCUUUCACAUUUUUCGCCUUUUCUUCGGAUUUUUUGCGAAUUUUUUUAGAUUGCAAGGAACAUACAUUUUUGAAAACGGUGAUUUCCUUGGUUUUUGAACAUUGACAGUAAUAAUUCCGGAAUCUUUCGAAAAAACUACCUUUAUCUGUCUCUUACUGUGACAUUUACGGCAUGACUUCACACUCUACCAUAUAUGAUAAUUCUUCGAACAGUGUGACGCAUGGAACGCCCAGAUAAGGUUAACGAGAUUUCUCCAUGUUUUGUCAAGAGAUAUUGCAUCAGAAUUCGUCAGGACGACCGACGUCUUCUUUCGAAUGCAGAAUCGGCCGUUUCGAUGAUGGUGCAGAAAAAAGAAACGGUUUUGCCGCACUAUUUGCGGCGUCGGGCCGAUCCUAAAAGUUUAUCGCUGAUUGAUCGAAUUAAAGUUGACAUGGAGAGCGGCCGUUUUUAGAAGAUUUAUCGCGCUCUUUCGUUCCUGAGAAUGACUUUUUUGGGUAAAGAUUACUGUGGGCACCAUGGAAGAUUGAUUAUAGUUUCAUCGGAAGUGACGGAACUUUGGAAAAUCGGGAGAAUACAUUUAUAAGUUAACUUGUAGAUACCAUCCCUUUUUGAGCUCCUGACCUUUUUUUUUAGCAUGGAAUAAUUUUGAAAAUAAUCACUUUUUUUUGGAGUUUUUCGAACCUUAUCGUUUUGAGUAAAAACGAUCACCCCUCUAUACACUGUAGUUUUAACCGUCUCAGAAAAUCUACAGCUCAGAAUUUUUCGUUUUGAAAGGUCGAAGUGAAGAUUUCCCAAUCUUUGUGCAGUUUCUUGUAGGUUCAACCUUCAAAGUUGCUCACUCCAAAGUGCACUCCUUUUUCCAACCCCCAUUUACCUCUUGAAACGGCAGCUGCUUCAAGUUGAAACGCGGAAAAGAAGAAAAAAAAAGGUCGGCCUACACUAUUGAUAGAACGGAUGAUGUUUCUCUCGCUCUUUUCUCUUCUCAAGGGUGGCAGCAAAAAGAAAAAUUGAAGAAAAAAAACACGGCGGCUCGGUACGCCUUGCACCGGGCGAUCACUGGUUGCAGGCACCGAGUUGUUGAUAUUUCAUGUACUCUUUUUUCUUUUUCGUCUUCUUUCUUCUCCUCGACCGACCGACUGACACAAACAGGGUGAUUCGGCGGCUGUGAAGACGUAUCGGUUCAAUCUUCGGUGCUUUUGCCCGCAAAGAAGCUUGAUAACGAGCUGCCGAAAGUGCAGACUUUAGUUGUUUAGAUGAAGUUUGAGGCAGUUUGGGCGACAAGUUGUUUAUUGAGACUUUGCUAGAGAAGCUGAUAGAAUGUUGAACGAAUUAUUGAAUAAUUGAAAAGUUCUAGAGAGAAAAAAAAACUGGACAAAAAGGCUUAACCUUCAUUUGCAUCUGUAUCAGAAGUUGACGAACAGAAAAAUUAAAAAAACUAGAAAAAGUUUGAAACUAUAUUUUUUUGUUGAUUAGAUGACGUUUGGGGCCAUUUCGAUGCGAAGUUGUUUGUUAGAAAAACUUUAGAGCUAAUGAUAAGGUUAUUAAAAUUGCCGGAAGUUUUUUUUUAAAGUUUUUGCCGGAAGAGCUUAACUUUGUUUGCUAGAAGCUUCUUUUUUUCUAAAAAUUUUUCGUUCUGUUUUUAAGCUGAUACUAAAAUAACUUUCUAGCUGAAUCUAUAAAAAUUAAGAACAUGAAAAAACUAGUUGAAGUUUAUUGAAAAGCCGAAACGUUUUUCUUAAAUUUUGUGACCAAAAAGACAUUUUCAGACGCGUCUCCUUUUAGAGCCUAACCUUAUUUGUCGCGCUGUCUUUUUCGAAACAUUUCCGAUCUUUUUUUCAAAUUUUUUUUCAGUUCAAACUACUUUCAAACUCCCUAAUAACUCGCAAAAGCCAGAAAGAACGGUUUUUAGAACUUAUUAGGUUUGCGGCCUCUUUCUUCCGGGAUCGCCUUGAACCUGGAAAUCUGAGCGCUUUUUUGAACCCUUGCGAGCAUUGAAAAUCGGGCCGAGAGCGGCUGUUGCCUUGUGUAAAGCAGAGUGGAGUCGAAAUGUCAAAAAAACAGAAUGAAAAAUGAAUGGUUGGAUGAUUUUUUUUCUGCAAAAUCUUUUUUGAUUAAAUUUUUCUGGGUUUAACGACAUUUUCUUCUAAAAAGCGCAAUAUUGCAUCAUUAUGAUGAGAUUUUGGAGAAAAGUUAAGACUAAAUAUUGGAAGGAAGAUUUGGGAAUGAGCUUUAUUUUUUGGUUUCUUCAAGAAAAAUAAUUGAGAAUCGGGAAGGAUCAAACCAACGAGGAAAACAACAUGAACGAAGACAUUUUCAAAAAUUGUUCACUUAAUAUUCAGCCGUUUCUUUAAUACUUUCGAGAUUCCCUCGGGCGCAAGUCGUUUCGGGUCGGGCGAACUGAGAAGCCACGUGCGAUCAUGGACUUUUCCAAACUAGAUAGAAUCGCUUAUUGGUAGUUUGGCUUCAUUGUUUAUGAUCGUGCUAGAAGAUUCAAGAUUGGAAAUCGACGAUCGGCUGACCAUCCAUCUUUUGCACCGAAACAACUGUUUUCCUCGAAUUUGUCCCAAGUAAACAUUAUGUUAGAGACGGAUGGGAGUGUUGAUUUCAUUGCGAGAUUUUCAAUAAACGGUCAGCGGAGGCCACGUGUUGGUUCUCGACGGGUGCAAGAGGGACGAUCAUUGGUUGACACAACCCUAGGCGACUCCGCCCCCUUUCGGCCGUCCUCUCCGCCUCCUUCUCCUCCUGGUGGUUUCGCUAGUUUCGCCGAUCUGCGCCUCGCUGGGAAUGCCGUCGGCGACGCUUCAUCCCAAGAUUAACCUCGCUGUCGACUGCCAAGUCUGCUGCCACAAGUUCGGCGACGAGAAUAAUAAUGAGUCGGAGUAUUUGCCACUGAAGAGAAGGUUCGUUGAGGAUGCGGUCUGAAGUCUUCUUUCUGAAGUUUCCUCUGGUUUUACUGAUUUGACUAUAGGAUCUGUCCGAUUUAUUGAUUGCCUUUCAAUCUUCUCAUUCAUGGGUUCUAAAUAUUCGCAGUCCUAUUUUGACUGGGAGAUUUCUCAUUAGGUACUCCCAUUCUUUUCUUCACACCUAUUAGAACUCUCAAUUUAUUCCUGCACUUCCUACUAUUUUCUGAACUUUCCGCUUUUUUCCCUUGAAGUUUCAGCUAUGAAGCAGACCUAAAAGCAUUAAAAAGCUAGAACUGAUCAAAUCUUUGAAUAGUAAGCCUUUUUGAAAAAAAUCGAUUUCACUUUUGAAAACUCAGUUCCGCUCCAACACACUUCCUGAACCCAGUUUUCUUCUCAAUAUCUUUUUUUGCAACGGUAUCCCACGCCGGUCGCACGUGUCGCCCAUGUGCUGGCAAACAAGCUCCUUCUGCCUUGCACUCGUCGAUCUUUCGUCACUUAUUAUCAAUCAUUUCCCCACACAAACACGCAUUCUAUCAGUAGCAACGACCCCGCUUUUGCCAAAUUCUGCCAUGGUGACUUUAACGACGGCCAUUGUGAUUGUUGAGUUGCGACUGAUAGGGUAUCAGUCCGAAAAAUGAUACUGUAGUUGUCUCAUUGGUGCAAGAAAAGAAAUUCUAACCGUUUUCAUUGCAGAGAACGAGCCAAGACUCUGCCAUCGGCGCUCCGUCGGUCGAGGUCGAAGCAAUCUGAAAAACGCGUCCGUUUCGCCGACACCCUUGGCUUGGAUCUCGAGAAGUUGCAGUAUUUUGUAAAGGAAGAGAAUCCAGCCUUGUAAGUUACCGAGGAAGACUUCAAAGUUGACGUGACGUCUACAGAAGCUUCGCCGCUCGAACGAUCGCUCCUUUGGAACUGCCGCCGUCGUUCCUCGGAGAAGGCUCCUCGCAGUUGAUCUCCUCGGCUUCUUCCGCCUGUCGACUGGUUCUCUCCAACUUCAACUACCGUUCCGAGCACGAAUACAACGACAAAACGAGGCUGGCGCGUGUCUGCGUCGUCGCCCUCCGUGCCUCCGGCAGUACUGUGGUCGGUCAGGUCAACCUGCUCAACGUCGCUUUCGACAAGACGGUAAAGAAGCUUGCGCUAGAGCUGAACUCAUUUGAAGGGAUUCAGGUGACGAUCCGAUACACGACGAACAAAUGGGAGACCCAAGAAGAAGUCGUUGCCGGCUUCAGCCACAGAAUGUUCGGCACUGAAGACAUUGACGCCUUCAACUUCUCCAUCGUCCUGCCAAAUAAGCUCAAGGUUCGUUGGAGGAAAAGAAAUGUGUAAAAGUUGUUGUAUACGUCAAAAACAUGGAGUACUGUAGAAUUGAAAACUUUCUGUUACGCUAGAUUUGGAAAAAUUUUGAAGGUGCUGUAGGUUCGGUAGAAUUUCAUGCCUAUCCCGACUAAUCUUUUGCUUGAAAAGUUGCUCCAAAAUUCGGUAAAUUAUUCUGGUAUCUAAAACACUAGUCAGACUUUGCUAUUCGACGUCAGAGUUUUUAAACAUCAGAUUCAGUGUUUUCCAAAUUUACGGACUUUUUCACACCUCUACUUUUCCAGGCUGGCCGAUGCGAGUUCUGCGUCCAAUACGCUGUGAGCGGCGAGCAGUUCUGGGACAACAACGACGGCGCGAAUUACGUCGUCGACGUGAUCGAAGACCCGGUCCCAUGCUCGAAAUUGUCGCCGACCACCGCGACGCCCAUAUUCGCGGCUUCGUACCCCGGAGGCUACCGUCGGUCGGCCGGCGACGGUUCUACCCUGCCGCCUCUCCCGCAGCGACAGUCGCCGCGCCGAUUCCGUCGCUGGGGCAGAGCCACCGUCGAGUCCGACGACGAAAACGCCGGCCCGGUCUUCUAUCGCGCCACUCUUUAA